GUUGCAGUCUUUCGCCUCCGGGACAAUACCACCACCACCACCUUCGGCAUCACUCAUGGCAGCCGCAUCUUCGGUAGCGGGACCAUCACGGUUCACAGUACGGUCUCUUCCACGUCUCAGACCUGCUCAGGCGUCCACAUGCGGCUCUUGCAGGCCACGGCCGCCUCCGCUGUUCUCAUGCCGCCUCAACUCGACGUCGACGCAGCCUUCUCUUCUGUCCCACCCGGACGCCAUCGUCCGCCUGGCCCAUCUCACUUUUGACGAUGCGCAAAACAGCUCCACGUCGAGCUCGGAGAGCGAUCUCGAUCCUUCGAGUCCCCAAUACGCUCGCAGAGCUAAGCGACUAGCAGCGCAGCGCGAAGUAAGGGAAGCUUGGGAUCAAUGGAAGUCAUCACAGCGGCAAGCUGCAGAGGCUCGACGCAUGAUCGAGCAGGAAAGCGAUGAAGAGAUGCGACAGCUUGCAGAGGAGGAGCUGCUUGAGCUGCAGGAAAGUCAAGAGUAUCAAUUGACCAACAUCAAAAAGGGUCUUCUUGGCACGACGGACACCGCUGCGAAUGAGGCGAGCGGCGCCAUCCUUGAACUGCGACCUGGCAUCGGCGGCGAAGAGUCGGCCCUCUUCGUCUAUGAGAUGACGAGAAUGUAUCAACGCUGGGCUUCAAGCUCCUCAGCAAGCGGCGAUGAGAGCUCACAACCAUGGGAUGUAGCCCUUCUCUCAGCCAUUCCGACCGAGGCCUCCUCUGGCUCCGGCUCAAGCUCGCCAGCAUACAAGGAGGCCAUUCUCCAAGUGACAGGCCCAGACGCAUACCGCCGUCUCCGCUACGAGUCAGGUAUCCACCGCGUACAGCGUGUGCCUGUCACUACCAGCGUUGCCAAGAUGCAAAGCAGCACGAUCACCAUCGUCGUCCUUCCUGUCAUCGAGGGUGACAAUGACGGCUCCUCCAGUUCUGCAGACGAUCUCGUCAACCCAGCCGACGUCAAGACGGAAGUGAUGCGCUCACGAGGCGCAGGAGGACAGCACGUCAACAAGACGGAAUCCGCCAUUCGUCUCACGCACUUGCCUACGGGAAUCACCGUCUCGAUGCAGGACUCUCGCUCGCAGCACAAGAAUCGCGAGCAAGCCUGGAAGAUUCUCAGGGCGAGACUGAUGGACCAGAAGAUGAAGCGGGAGGAGCAAGAAGCUAGACAGGCAAGGGGAGAGCAGAUUGUGGGACUUGGUAGGGGUGAUCGUGUGCGCACAUACAAUUGGCCACAAGAUCGGGUUACAGACCAUAGAAUUGGGGAGAACGUCAGUGGGUUGGACGUCUUCAUGGAGGGCGAGGGGGUCGGGCUGGCGCACUUCGUCGACGAGUUGGAGGAGAGGACAAGGGAGAUGCAAAUGGAGGAGAGAUUGAGGGUGUUGAUGGAGAAGAGGCAAAAGACCGAAGCACAGCAAGGUGACGGCAAGGCGAAGUAAUUCAAGGGACUAUCACAUCCGAGACGGAAUCUCACAAGAGCCUGAGAGGAAAACGACGGAAUGACGAUUGAAGCACGGUAAGGACAGACAAGCCGG